AUCGAUUAUCGCAAUCGAAGUAUCAAUUACCUCGAUGAAAACCAAUUUCGAUAUAGCAUUAUCGAUAUGGUUUUAAAUUUGCAAAAUAAUCUUUACUGAUCAUGAAAGAAAGCAAAAUAUAAAAUUCUUUUUCCACGAGGGAGAUUUAGUGUUAUGAAUAGUUAAGAAAUAACCCCAUAAAAGAAUAUAUAAACAACCUGACGCUAUGAUUCAGAACAGGUAUUCGUAAAAAGAGUAGUGUUCCUGUGAGUAAAAAAAAAAUGAGCGAAAUCCAGGAAACCGAAAACGACAAAGUGGAACCAAAUGUCGUUUUGGAAACCCAGGAUUUUGGGGAAAGUGAAAUUGAGAAAUUAAAAGGGGAUCAUGUGGGGAGUACUAUUUAUAGUGCCAGGUGGAUACUUAAUACUUUGCUCUCAGUAUCUAAGGUUCCUGAAAAUGGCUGGAAUGAGAAUCUGGAAAUUGAUCUUUGCGCAAUAUGGGAUAUAUCAACGGAAAAAGAUAUUGUUCAAUUCCUUAUGGAUAAUGACUUCUUUAAAAUUGCAGAGUUCUCAUUAAAAUCUUCUGAAGAACCAAGAUUAACGGAAAUCAUUUUGGGAAUAAUUGCAAAUAUGGCUUGUGAAUCAUCUGCACUUGAUGUAUUAGGAACUAAAGAAGAACUCCUUGAUACAAUUCUCCGUCAUCUGUUCUCAGAAGAUAGUGCUACAUUGGUACAAAUUCUUAGAUUGUUACGCUCUGCACUUUGGAAUAUUCAAAGUAAUCCAGAUUCAAACUGGAGAGUCAAUUUAAGGAACUCUACUUAUUUGAGAGAAGUAAUUCCUUUUAUUUUAAAAAGCUCUACAAAUGAGGAACUUUUAAUUGCGACAACAAAUUUUCUAAGAUCAUUGGCAGAAAUUGAUCUUCCGAUUGGAAAAACAUUAUUAGAUGAGCUUUUUGAAUCAUCUAGUUUUCUGCCAGGCAUGUUAGAAUCAUUUGAGGAAGUUCUUCCUCAAGAUGAAGCUUCCUAUUCAACUCCCACUUUAAAAUAUCUUGAGGACUGGUUAGAAUUAUUCUCCAGUCUUCGGAAAGGACCCCAAAUUCAUCAAGAAAUUUUACAAGAUGAUAAUCUAACACGAACUGUAGAAAUUACACGAAGAAUUUUAGCAAAUUUUAUAGAUCCGUGGAAUCUUUGUCCUUUAGACGAAACCAAGGCUUCUUGUGUACAUAGAUGUGCAGAAAUGAUUCUUGAUUUUCGAUGGAAAGGAUUUUUGAGAGCAGAAUCUACAAUAGAUAUAAAUGAUGCAAUUCUAAGAAUUAUUAUCAAUAUUAACACAGCAAUGAAAGAAGAAGAAGAAGAUUCUGAGGAAACAAUGGAAGAAUUAUUAAAGUAUCUUGAGGGUUACUGGGUCGAGAUAGCAAAAGUUUCUACAACAGACGAGAUUAUAAAAAUCUUGAAAACAAAUGACAAGCCAAUUGUAGAUCAUGCAAUAAACUUAUUAAAGUCAAAGAUUCCUGGAGAGAAAUUUAACAGUUUAGUAGAAGGACUAACGAAUAAUUAAGAGUAAAGUUUAUAAUGAAUUAAAUAGUUAAACGAAAGUUUGAAUUAUCAUAAGCAGUAUAUGUCUCGUAUCAUCGACGGGAAAAAGAAUAAAAAUUCUUUGUCUCGGAACAUUGAACAUUUUUAUCUUUACAAGCAAAAUACUCUUUUCUCGUUAUAUACAAACCUCGUAGUAAUGUUACAAACGAGCUCGUACUUUAUACAAACUUUUGUAUCGUCUUCUUAUAUUCUUAUAUUCUCCGUUUAUAUUAAAAUAUUUUUUACUGUCUUCUAA